UUGUGACGACAUCAUUGUGCGACGUCUCCAUUCGAAAUAUUCUGUGAUGUUUGUCCGUUAGCCGCAGUGUUUUUGUAUUUUUUGUUAUGUUAGUAUUAAAUUGAUGUUUAUAAUAUCUUUUACUCAGGAUGACUAACACAGACAAGGAGGCAAGUGGAGGCGGUGCUGCCGCUGCACCCAGCGACAAGCUGAAACUUGAGACAGAGAAGAAGAAGAGGUACCGGGUCAAACAGCUGCUGGGAGACGUGAAGAAGCAGGUGGAGUUCUGGUUUGGAGAUGCAAACCUCCACAAGGACCGUUUCCUGAAAAAGAUUAUAGAGGAGUCUGAUGAUGGAUAUGUUGACAUAUCUGUGUUGACGGGCUUCAAUCGAAUGAAGAAGCUGACAACGGAUCCAAAGCUCAUUGCCAGGGCGCUGAAAAAUUCCACUCUAGUUGAGGUUAACCUGGAGGGAAACAAAGUAAGACGUCAACAGCCGCUUGGUGACCCACCCAUCAACAGCGACAGCUGCACUGUCUACGUGGAACUUCUGCCCAAGGAUGUUUCCCACAGCUGGAUAGAAAGGGUGUUCUCCAAAUGCGGGAAUGUGACGUAUGUGAGCAUUCCCAGAUACAGGACAACGGGCGACUCCAAGGGUUUUGCCUUUGUUGAAUUUGAGAAUGAAGAACAAGCGCAGAAAGCAAUAGAGAUGCUGAACAACCCUCCUGAAGAUGCACCCAGGAAGCCUGGGAUUUUCCCCAAGACUUUAAAUAGGAAGCCGAUUCCUGUUACAGGUGAAGAAGAGGAGAAAAAAAAGCGUAAAAAGAAGAAGAAGAAAGACGCUUCAACAGCUGAGACGCCUGCAGGAGAAGUCAAGGAGAUGGAGACCGAAGCCUUUCAGCCGAAGAAGAAACACUCGGCAGCGAAGGACUCGGAGAAAAGAGCUGCAAACCCGGAGAGGGAACAGAGCAAAGUGUCAGAGAAAAAGCGACGGCGCUCUCAGACGGCGGAGGGCGCUGAGAGUGAAGUGCCGUCUAAGAUUAGAAAGAGGAGCUGCAGUGAAUCUGGGGAGAAAGAGAAAGAAAAGAGUGAUUCAGCCACCGAAGGCGACGGCGAGAAGGGAAAUGAGAACGGCGACGACUCGGCCGUGAAGGCGAAGAGGAAGCGGAAAAAGAAACACAAAGAAAAAUUGAAAAUUGGAGAAGAAGUCAUUCCACUUCGAGUUUUAUCAAAGAAAGAGUGGCUCCAGCUGAAGCAGCAAUAUUUAGCUCUGCAGAAAAGCAGCAUGUCGUCCUUGAAGAAGUGCUUCAACAAGAUUGAAAGCAAAGAGCAGGGAAGCGCUGAAGACAGGAGCGUUGAAAGCAAAAAAGAAAACAACCAGAGUCCUCAGUUUGUCAGUGGCGUCAUCGUGAAGAUCACAGACAGCAAACCUCUACCAGCAAGGAAGAUCGUCAAGGAGAUCCUGUGUGAAGUGUCUCAAGUGGCUUACGUCGACAUCCUGGAUGGAGAUUCAGAGGGUUAUGUGCGCUUUUUGACACCAGAGGGCGCCAAAGGUGUCUGCCAGGCCAAAGCACAGCUGCAGAAGGAGCACAGCUGGAAGGUUGAGAUUCUAACAGGAGACCAAGAGCAGCGGUAUUGGCAUAAGAUCCUCGUGGACCGCCAGGUGAAGCUGAAUCGCCCCCGAGAAAAAAAGAGAGGCAAAGAGAAGCUCAUAUCUAAAGCUGAAAAAAUCAUCAUGGCAAGAGCCAAGGAGGCGAACAAGCACAUCCGCUUUGAGGAGGACUGAGCUGCACACGUUCAACUGAUGUUUCCUGUCUUGAAGGAGGACUUGAAUGGUUUUAAGUAGUUUCUGUCCUUUUGGGGUUUUUUUUUGUUGUUUUUUUGGCACUAGAGUUCCAAAAAUGCCACGUACUGCUGAUAAAGACAGAGCUUUCUUUACCAGGUUCUUGUGUGUUUAAAGCAAUCCUGUAUAGAUACUACAUAAAUGAACUCCAAAUGAAAAUCUUAUUGUUUUUUUACUAAUAAAGAAAACAGAAAUUUCACGAUCA